UUCCUCCCGGCGGAAAUCGGUGACGGACCUAUGCGGUCACAUUGAAGUUACUGCAAUGUGUCGUGAAAAGUGAGAUAAACAACGCGCGGUUAUGUUUUCCAAGCAAUCCGUACGUCUUGCUGGCUUUGUAUUGAUCAAAUCCAGAUUAACAUGCCCGAUACCUGUGAUAAAAUAUGCGACAAAUGAAUGUCAGUGUGCUGCGUUGAAGCGCUCACACACCAGCUGGACGGGACAUAAACAGCACACACACUCUGAGGGCAAGACCAGAGGUGUCCAUAUCCAUAAUGUCCGUCCCAUCUCCUACAGUACUCUGGACCCGGCUGAGGUCAGGAAGUUCCAGGUUCUGGCCAAUAAAUGGUGGGACAUUCAAGGUGAAUUUGCACCUCUCCAUGCCAUGAAUGAGCUAAGAGUGCCCUUCAUCCGUGAUAACCUGUUGACUGUGCACGGUGGCGGUGUGAUGGGUCGCCCCCUGUCUGGGCUCAGGAUACUGGAUGUGGGAUGUGGUGGAGGUCUGCUUACUGAGCCCUUAGGGCGGAUGGGUGCUGAGGUGCUGGGUGUUGACCCGGUAGAAGUGAGCGUGCGGACAGCAGAGCUGCACUCAUCCCUUGAUCCUGCGCUUAGAGGACGAGUGCGUUAUCGCGCAUGCACGCUGGAGGACCUUACUGAGGAAGAGGGAAACGAGGAAGCAUUCGAUGCGAUCGUGGCCUCUGAAGUGCUCGAACACCUGGCAGAUCUCGACACCUUCGUCCACUGUUGCUAUCGCAUGCUGAAGCCCGGUGGGUCUGUCUUCAUCACCACUAUCAGCCGGACUCGGCUGUCCUACGUCUUGGGAAUCCUGGUGGCUGAGCAGGUGCUGCGCAUUGUCCCGAGAGGGACUCAUGAGUGGGACAAGUUCAUCACCCCAGUGGAGCUGGAGACAAUUCUGGAGUCUUCUGGAAUUAUUGUUCAGUCUGUCCGAGGAAUGCUGUAUAACCCUCUUUCCAAAUGUUGGAGUUGGCAGCAGAGCACGGCUGUGAAUUAUGCACUGCACGCCAUCAAACAGAAGGAGGAGCCACUACACCAAACCCCCACUGAGGAUUCGACUUUUAUUUGAAUCAGUACAAUUUCUCAGUGUAGGUUUUAAAUACAGAAUACUGUACAUCAUAAUAUACAUACUAUAAUACAUAACGAAGAACAUAUAGUACAUAUAAAAAGACAUUUGACUCAGUGAUGUCAUUUGUACAUAAAAUAUCAAAAUAAGUCAACAUCGAAUUAAAUGUACAAAUCAGAUAUUACAUAACUAUAUAAUGAUACGAACUAUUAGCUUUUCCACCUUAAUGCUUCUGAUUCUGAUGCUUGUGUGAACACAACCACUUUUAUCUCGGCUAUAUCCUUCGUUCCAUUUUGAUGGACAGCGUUGUGUAACACAGUGUCAGAAACAAGUCUAAGUCACUGACCACCUCAAACAUACUGCACACUGUUGUUCAGAAAAAUCCUCCAAGUCCUGCACAUCUUCUGCAUGUUUGACCCCUUUCCAACAGCGGCUAUAUGAAGAUCCAUCUGUUCACACCGAGGACAACUGACGGACUCGUACACAACUAUUACAAAAGGCGCAAACAUUCACUGAUGCUCAAGAAGGCAACACGAUACAUUAAGUGUCUGGGGGGUGUAAAAUUUUGAACAGGAUAAAUGGUGUAAAUUGUUAUUUUGUCUGCUGGAAAAGUGCAACAUUUUUCACCCCAUUGACUCUUAAUGUAUGGUGUUGCCUUCAUGAGCGUCAGUGAUUGUUUGAAUGUGCAGGACUUGGAGGAUUUUUCUGAAGAACAGUGGGCAGUUUAACUGCUCUGGACAAACAAGGGACUCGUGAACACCUAUUACAUCCAUAAAAACAGUCGUUCAUCCAGGUAAAAAAAACACAGUAUUAAGAAGCCUGUGUAAACUUUUGAACUGGUUCAUUUGUCUAAAUUCAGUUAUUAGAAUGUCUUGUGGACUAUGUGUAAAGAUCUGUUAUGUAAAAUAGUUUCUUUAGGCCUGGACUAAAUAAAAAAAUAAAUGCAAGUCUUAUGA